AUGGCAAAAGCAUAUACGCAAGAUGAGUUUGAUGAGUUGAUGCUUAAGGUUCAGAAAGUAGAUAUGCGGGUUGCGGAGUAUUUGGAUGAAGCUGGUAGGGAUAGUUGUCGUAUGUUUCAAUUAGACGAAAUCCCUUGUCCGCACGCAUGGGCUGUUAUAAAACAGAAACAUUUGGUUGUUGAUAAUUAUUACUCUGAUUUAUUCAAGCCGGAGACAGUUGUAAAGACAUACGAUAUUGCUGUGGAUCCUCUACCAAACGAGCGUGAAUGGAAAAUUCCAAAAGACAUCUUGGAUGAAGUGGUGUUGCCGCCGAGAUACAAAAGACCACCUGGUAGGCUAAAGAAGAGGCGUGACAAACCUUUACAUGAAUUACUGGCUGGAAAAAAGAGACAUGCUUGCAGUACUUGUGGACAACUUGGACACAACAGGCGUUCAUGUGGUUUUGAGCCUAGGAGGAAAUGA